AUGGUCGCUUCAGCCGCAACUGCCCAAGCUGAACCGUGCUGCGUUGCUGCACUCAUCUUCAAUAACGCCAAGGAGGUUGGCGUCGCGCUCUGUGAGUUGCCGUCGCUGACCGUGUCUCUGUUCCAGUACGGCGAUACGGCUACGUUCUUCAAGACAGCAUCGCUGCUGCACACGCGCAACCCGGUCGAGGUGUUGGUCCCCUCGACCACCGUCGAUAGUGAGCUGGUGCAAACGCUGCUGCGGCAGCACGGCGCCCACAUGACCUUCACAAGUGUGCAGCGCUGCUUCUACAAUGCGGAGGAGGGGGUGCAGCGGCUGUCGCAGCUGAAGUCGUCGGCCGAAGCGUCGCUGUGCAUUGAGGACACAGACCGCUACCUCUGUGUGGCUGCUGCUAAUGCAGUCGUUUUGUAUAUGGAGCACGUGAACGACAUGCACUUGCUGCCAGGCUCCGUGCGCGUGCGGGCAGAGGCGCUGGAGCACUACAUGGAAGUCUCUCGCACUACGGCACGUGCGCUGCAGAUUAUUCCAGACGCCGCAUGCAUGUCAGCGGCGGCGGCAGCGCCGUUGUCCUUCAUGGGCAACGCAGCGGGCGGCAAUGGGAGGGCCGAUCGGCAGCAACGGGAGCAAGUGCAGCGAUAUGGCGCGGCGCCAAAACUGUCGUUUCUCGGUCAUGACCUUCCCGAACCGCCGCUGCUGCUGCAACCAGUCGCGCUUGUGGACGCGAUCCCACGCGCCUGCACGGUCAUGGGUCAGCGCUACCUCCGCCGUACCCUUCUCCAGCCUCUGCGUGACCGCGUUGCCGUCCAAGGCCGCCAUGACGCUGUCGAGUGGCUUCUGUGUGAGCCAAGACGACUUCACAUUCUGCGCACACUCCUGCGACACAUCACCACGCUUGACCUCGAGCGCUUGACGGCGACGCUGACCCACCAACCACGGCGCGAGAGGACCGGCGCUCAGCAGCAGUCGUACCUCGAGUCGCUGCAGCUGCUCUGGAGCGCGUUGCCUUACCUGGAGCAGCUGCACAUACAGCUCAAGGCCUACCUAGGCCCGCUGCCAAGAAUGCCAGAACCAGUGCAUCAAGAAGGCGUACCGUCAUCAAUGCGAUCAACACUGCCGGGUGGCGAACCAGACGUGGCGGCCUCGCCAAACGACUUGUGCAGCACCGCAGCGCAUCCUUCGGUACUGCACAGCAUCGCCACUGCGCUGGGGCAGUGCCGUUUGCCCGAGCUGGAGACCCUCAUGAGCACCUACCUGGAGCGCUCCGUGCUGCCAUCGGUCGUCGACCAUCACGAGAAGAGCGCUGCGCACUAUGGAGCGCUCCAUGGCUUUGAUCCAGGUGGCGUACAUAUCCCGCCGGACGUGUCUGUGGUGGCUCAGCAGCAGCAUUCACAACGGAAGCGACGCCGACUGUGCAACGACGACGAUGCCACAAGCUCACAUCAUCACAGGCAGCAGCCUUCGCAGCGCCCUACAGCCGUCCUCCUGCGACUCCUCCGCAUGUGUUUUCUUGUCCAGGCUCCGCGCGGCGGCGAGCUGGACGCACUUCGCACGCGGCUGAGCCUCCGUAUCUCCGACAUUACUUCCUACGCAGUGGAGCUGCGUGCGACAUACCAGAUCUUCUCGCUGCGCCUGGAGCCGGACCCGGUUAAGCUGUACUGUUUCUCCUACAUGGCUGCAGAGGAGGCAAAGGCGCAGUCCGGACCCUUCACGUGGCGCUACGCAGGCGGCUCACACUUUGCCUUGUAUCUUUCCGCACUGCGUGAGCAGCAGCUGCAGCGGCAACAAAUACAGCAACAGGAAGAGGGACGGCAUCUGCGUAGUUCUCAGUGGCACCUGGCCACUUCUACUGAGGAUUCCUUGCGCACCGCUUCAUCGUUUCCUCCGCCAGAGCUGCCCCGGCACACUAUCAGCGCCGACGGCGCCGUACCCAACUCGUCCGCGGUUGAUCUUUUCCCCUCUUUCACAUCCAACGCGGAUCCCACUGUCUCUCGUCAGCUGCGUCGCCGCCGAGUACGAUGCAGCACAGAGGACCUCGAAUACCGCUGUGCUCGGGCGCAAGAGUGCGUCGCAGAGAUUCUGCAGCUGCAGUUGCACGAAGUGCAGCCCCUCGUCCGCGCCAUCCAGAAUGAGUUCCUCGGCUCUCUGCAGGCUACCGUGGAGUCCGUGGCUCUGCUUGAUACACUGCUGUGCUUCGCGCUCUACUCGUUGACGCAUCAGUGCACCCGACCAGUGCUGGUGGAGCUGCGGACGGGGUCGACGACGGCGCCACGGGUGCCUACGGUCACGGCCGAGCUCUCUGGGGAUGGCGAGAUGGCGACUUCUUCGGGACGGAGAGCCACCGCCGCAGCAGGCGGCGCUCAGGUUUCGCGUGACAAGUUGGACGAGUACGCUGGCGACGCAAGUGCCGCUGCUUGUGUAGGGGACCAGGGAGGUGGAACAGUGGCGUCCGCGGGCAUGUCUGAGACGUCUAGCGAUCCAGCGACCCCGCUAUCUACGGCACCACUGUCGUCUCUCACGGCGUACACCAUGGCAUCAUCGGCGAUGGCCACGGCGACAGAGUCACGUUACGCCUCUCGAGCGUUUCUCCGUAUUGAGAACGCACUGCACCCCUCUGCGACGCAGCGGCAGCCACCAAGUCGCGCGGUGACGCGCGCAGGGGUGUCGGCGCGGUUGACCGGUGCGGAAGCCGUGGGUGUGGUCUCAUCGACUAGCGGCAGCAGUGGUGGUCUGACGAUCUCGUGGGGCAGCCACGGCGGUGGUGUUUGCGUCGUCACCGGCCCCAAUGCGUGCGGCAAGACGACUCUGCUCCGAAUUAUCGGACAGUACUUUACCCUUGCCCAGGCUGGCUGCUUUGUCCCUGCGCAGCACGCGCAGCUGUUCCUUGCGGACCGCCUCCUUGCCCACAUGCUGUGUGACGAACUCCCCAGCAUCGCGCAUUCUUCUUUCUGGCGCGAGCUUAUGGAGCUGAGCGAGUUGACGCAUGCCGCGACGGCUGAGAGCGUCGCCCUCCUCGAUGAGCUCGGCCGCAGCACCACCACCGCACAAGGCUUCAGUCUUGCAUGGGCCACGGCGCUCCUUCUGAGCGACCGCCGCGUGCACUCGGUGUUGACAACGCACUACGCCGGGCUGCCAAGCCUCGCACGGGUGCGGCCGACGCGCAUCGUCGCUUUUCAUUUCCGUGUCGCCUUCGAGCAGCUGGUGGCGCGUGAUGGGGGUCGAGACGGCGCAGCUGCCUCAAGUUCGAGGGAGCCGGCACGCACCCGUAUUACGAUUGCGCGCUUUGGCCACACACUCUUCCCUGGCCCGUGCCCGCAGCGCUGGUACGGCCUCGCGCUGGCAGAGAGGCUGCACUUUUUCGAGCCGGUCCUGGCCAUGGCGCGGCACACGAGGGCGUGCCGAUCUCCAGCAAGGGAGGCGUACACCGAAGAGGGCGAGGCGUGA